AUUAGUAGACGAGCAAGAGAACCUUGGAUGUCAACGCCUAACAGGCUCUUGAGACCAGCCACCAAACCACAAAAAGCGACUCUCUUCUUGCGUGGCCUCUCCAUCCCUCCCGAUGGAGGCAGAAACGGGGAGCAGCACGGAGACUGGGAAGUCGGCCAACAGAGGCACUCGGAUCGCCCUGGUGGUGUUCAUUGGUGGCACCCUGGUGCUGGGCACCAUGCUUUUUCUAGUGAGUCAAGGUUUCUUAAGUCUCCAAGCUAAACAGGAGUACUGCCUGAAGCCAGAAUGCAUCGAAGCUGCUGCUGCCAUAUUGAGUAAAGUAAAUCUGUCUGUGGACCCUUGUGAUAAUUUCUUCCGGUUUGCUUGUGAUGGCUGGAUAAACAAUAAUCCAAUUCCUGAAGAUAUGCCAAGCUAUGGGGUUUAUCCUUGGCUGAGACAUAAUGUCGACCUCAAGUUGAAGGCACUUUUGGAGAAAUCAAUCAGUAGAAGGCGGGACACUGAAGCCAUACAGAAAGCCAAAAUCCUUUAUUCAUCUUGCAUGAACGAGAAAGCGAUAGAAAAAGCAGAUGCCAAGCCCUUGCUACACAUUCUGCGGCAUUCACCUUUCCGCUGGCCUGUGCUCGAAUCUAAUAUUGGUCCUGAAGGGGUUUGGUCAGAGAGAAAGUUCAGCCUUCUGCAGACACUUGCAACAUUUCGUGGUCAAUACAGCAAUUCUGUGUUCAUCCGUUUGUAUGUGUCCCCUGAUGACAAGGCAUCCAGCGAACACAUCUUAAAGCUGGACCAAGCGACGCUCUCCCUGGCCGUGAGGGAAGACUACCUUGAUAAUAGCACAGAAGCCAAGUCUUAUCGGGAUGCCCUUUACAAGUUCAUGGUGGAUACUGCCGUGCUUUUGGGAGCUAAUAGCUCCCGUGCAGAACAUGACAUGAAGUCGGUGCUUAGAUUGGAAAUUAAGAUAGCCGAGAUAAUGAUUCCUCAUGAAAACCGAACCAGCGAGGCCAUGUACAACAAAAUGAACAUUUCCCAACUGAGUGCUAUGAUUCCCCAGUUUGACUGGCUGGGCUACAUCAAGAAGGUCAUCGAUGCCAGACUCUAUCCCGACCUGAAAGACAUCGGCCCCUCCGAGAACGUGGUAGUCCGUGUCCCGCAGUACUUCAAGGAUUUGUUUAGGAUAUUAGGCUCUGAGAGGAAGAAGACCAUUGCCAACUAUUUGGUGUGGAGGAUGGUUUAUUCCAGAAUUCCAAACCUUAGCAGGCGCUUCCAGUAUAGGUGGCUGGAAUUUUCAAGGGUAAUCCAGGGGACCACAACUUUGUUGCCUCAGUGGGACAAAUGUGUAAACUUUAUCGAAAGUGCCCUUCCUUAUGUUGUUGGGAAAAUGUUUGUGGAUGUGCACUUCCAGGAAGAUAAGAAGGAGAUGAUGGAGGAAUUGAUUGAGGGUGUUCGUUGGGCCUUUAUUGACAUGCUGGAGAAAGAAAAUGAGUGGAUGGAUGCAGGGACUAAAAGGAAAGCCAAAGAAAAGGCAAGAGCUGUUUUGGCAAAAGUUGGCUAUCCUGAGUUUAUAAUGAAUGAUACUCAUGUUAAUGAAGACCUCAAGGCAAUCAAGUUUUCAGAAUCUGACUACUUUGGCAAUGUCCUGCAAACCCGCAAGUAUUUAGCACAGUCUGAUUUCUUCUGGCUGAGAAAAGCUGUUCCAAAAACAGAGUGGUUUACAAAUCCGACGACCGUCAAUGCCUUCUAUAGUGCAUCCACCAACCAGAUCCGAUUUCCAGCAGGAGAGCUGCAGAAGCCUUUCUUUUGGGGAACAGAAUAUCCUCGAUCUCUGAGUUAUGGUGCUAUAGGAGUAAUUGUUGGACACGAAUUUACACACGGAUUUGAUAAUAAUGGCAGAAAAUAUGAUAAAAAUGGAAACCUGGAUCCUUGGUGGUCAGUUGACUCAGAAGAAAAGUUUAAAGAAAAAACAAAGUGCAUGGUUAACCAGUAUAGCAACUAUUACUGGAGGAAAGCUGGCUUAAAUGUGAAGGGGAAGAGGACUCUGGGAGAAAAUAUUGCCGAUAAUGGAGGUCUGCGGGAAGCGUUUAGGGCUUACAGGAAGUGGAUAAAUGACAAGAGGCAGGGAGCUGAGGAGCCUCUCCUACCAGGUAUCACAUUCACCAACAACCAGCUCUUCUUCCUGAGUUAUGCUCACGGUCAAUGGUGCAAUUAGCAACUUUGAAGAAUUCCAGAAAGCUUUUAACUGUCCAUCCAAUUCCACGAUGAACAGAGGCACAGACUCCUGCCGACUCUGGUAGCUGGACUGCUGGUUCAUGCCAUUCUGAGAGAGCUGUACAGUUCCAGUAGAGGCUGCACUGAGCACACGUCGCCUCCUGCGUUAGGCCUGUAUUCCCAUGAGGACUUGUAUUUUUAACGCACCUUCAUUAUUUGGGUAUUACUUGGAUCUAAACAGUAUCUACUCAAAGUCAUAGAGCUUAAGAACAGAAUACAAGAAGUGAACCAAGUAUGUUUCUUUAGAAAAUCAAAUCAACAAAAAUAAAUCCCUGGGCUACUUUUGUUGAAAACGCUAUCUGCUGACUUGUUGCAAUUGUCCAUUUUAGUGUGUAAGCCACAGCUAAGUGGUACAUAGCAUUUUAAUCUACAGCUUUGCAGGGAGCCUAAGUAGAAUGUAUCCAGAAAAAAAAUCAGUCUAUUAAACUUUUAACCCUCAAUGAUGAGGCCAUGUGCAUGGAUACCUGGGAGGUCUUACUGACUUGUGAAAUGCAGCACUAGAUUUUAUGUAUGGUCAUUACGCAGCAUUUAAAAACUCGAAGGUAGUUAAAUUAGAAAUAUGUUGUAUCUUUAUUUUACAAUUUUUGAUGAAGUUUGUGCCUUUAGCUUUGGAAUCUGCUGGGAUGAAGAUGUGCCUCACAGCUUGCAUCUCAUACAGCUGACUGCCCUGUUCAAGUCAGUUUGAACAAAGCUGGGAGAAAGGCUACUGGUGAAGGAUUUGAGUUUGUCAAAUAGAAAAAAAAGGGUGCAUCGUUCAGUCCCAGAAGAAGUCAAAACUCCCAGCCAUGCAACAGCAGGAAUACCAGGAGAUGAAAUCUCCAAAAUUUGACGUGGCCUGCCCAAACCUCAGUGAUUAUGUCUGUCUGCCAGCCACUUUUCUUUAGCCCAGUUCCCAUUUGUCUUAUUACCUUCAUGCAUGUGUGUUCUCUCAUUUCUGAAAUUAGUAGGCAUCGAGGAGAUGCUUUUCUAAUUCCCCACUAGGAACAGGUGGCUGUCAUUCCAUUUUAGUGCGGAGGGCUGGACACUGCAUUGAGGAGGGUACGGAGUCCCUUCUGUGUUGGCUCAGUUAAUGUUACCUCUCUUUUAAAAAAACCAUUUUAAAAAAAAUGUCUGGAUUGAAGACAUUUUAUAAUCUAUUGGUUAAAUGUAAAAUUCUCUGCAUAGUCCAAAGAAACAUAACUGUCCAAGUCUUCUUCUAAGGAGCCUGCAAGAAAGAGCAGUACUGUGUUUUUGAUCCUCAGAGCUUUCUUCUUCCACGUGAACUCUGCUGUCUUUCAGUAGAGUGAGUGAGUGUGUGUGUGUGUGUG